UCUAGUUCAAAGGUUUAUUACAUAAACGUAAGCUCAACUUAUCCUUGUUUUAUAUCUCAUGUAUAUAUAUGGCUUCAAGCUCAUGUACAGUGGUGUGAUUCAAAUAUUCAGCCUUCAGACCAACAGCCACUCUAUUUCACACAGUUCUACUCAGCCUGCUUCAUGUGACAGGGAGCAGCUAUCUCAUCCACCCUGUUUACAAGGGGAGCCUUUCCAAAGACACUGGCUGAAACAAAAGCAGAGGGGAGCUACACCAGUCUGUCCAGCUCGUACACCCAGUAUGAGAUUGGAACACAGUCUAAUAAAUAAAAAUCUAAAAUCAGGAGCAGAGAAAUGUUAUUAUGGUUAAAGAGACCUAAAAACAGCUGAACUCUUCACUUUUGGUGAAAUGUUGAAACUUUUCUAAUCACAGAAAUAGACAGUUUUUAGGUUUUAAACUUUAAACUGGUCUGAAUCCAUCAUAAUGGGAACAAAAGGAUAAAAAAAAUCCCUUGUGAACCCAACAGAGCACCUCAGUAAAGGACGUAUAAUUCUUCUCAUUGCUGCAGGCAGGCCGGCACACUGAUUCGUGUUGAUUUGUGUACAGUGAUAUUAAAAGACAAGACAUUUGAGAAAGAUGAGAUACUUCAGUUAAAGGGCUCAAAGUUCUUGUAUUAUGAAUGACACGAGUGUUGGAAAGUGACAGAGAGGCAUGCAGUGGGAGUUGCUUAACAAUCCUACAGGAGGAGCAGCCAGACUUGAUCCUGUCUCCAGCCUCGAGUCUUUCUGCAGCCAGUACAGCACAGACUCCAGCAGCAGGAAGAAGAAUGGCAGAGCACACGCUUAAUGCAGAGGACAUGGCUCUAAAUAAACUGGGCGACAUAGAGGCCCAGCCUAGAAAAGCACUCCGACCGAUUGACAUGAAUCACUACGCCACUAAGAAGCGUGCGGCUCAGAGCAUGUUGGACGUGGCCUUGCUCAUGGCCAACUCGUCUCAGCUGAAGACCAUCCUUUAUGUGGGUCCGCAGUAUCGUUUCUAUGUCCCCCUCAUCAUGCUGCUGACCCUGUCCUCCGCGUUACAGGUCAUAGUGGGGCUGCUGCUCGUCUUCAUUGGCAAGUGACAUCAUUGACUUUGUCUGAAUGAAAAUGGCUUAAAGAACAGCUGUGCUUCUCUCUGUGUU